GGGGAGCUGUGGAGGUUUGGUUCAUGCAGCAGCAUGUGGCGGCGACUGCCACCAACAGCUCUGUUCCUUGUAGUUUGGGGUGAUCUUCAGGCUGCAGAUCUCCCAAAGGCGGCGGUGUCACUAGAUCCUCCGUGGUACCGAGUGCUCACCAAUGACAGUGUGACUCUGAAGUGCCAGGGGGCCUCCCUCCCUGGGAACAAGUCCACACAGUGGUGGCACAAUGGGACCCUUAUCUCAAGCAACACCUCCACCUACUUCAUCACAGCUGCCAGCCCUAAAGACAGCGGGGAGUACAAGUGCCAGACCAGCCUCACCACACUCAGUGACCCGGUGAACCUGGAAGUCCACAUCGGCUGGCUGUUGCUCCAGGCAGUUGGACAGGUGUUCAAAGAGGGAGAGAAAAUUACCCUGAGGUGUCACGGCUGGAAAAACAAACAAGUGUAUAAAGUCACAUAUCACCAGAAUGGCAAAAGCCAGAAGUAUUUUCAUCGAAAUACCGUCUUCGAAAUUCUAAAUGCAACGGGCAAGCACAGUGGCUCCUACUUUUGCAGGGGCCUUAUCGGGAAGAAUAAUGUAUCUUCAGAAAGUAUAAACAUCAUGGUUCAAGGUCAGGCAAUGCCGUUCAUCGCACCAAUCUUUUCAUCUUGGCACCAAGUUGCUUUCUGUCUGGGGAUGACUGUGCUGUUUGCAGUGGACACGGCUCUGUAUUUCUUUAUACAGAGUGACCUUCGGAGCUUCAUGGGGGACUGGAGAAACCGCAGAGUUAAAUGGAAGAACCAAACAGCCAAACUGGAGGAACCACAAAGUCAGGGCCCUUGGGACAAGUGACCCUUCAUGCCAUGGGGUAGUAACAGCACUGGCAGCAGCAUCUCUGAGGCUCGAUAUAUUCACAGCCUCAUUGCCCCCAGUAAUUAUAGCUGAAAGCAGCCAGUAGAAUAUCCCCUCAAGCCAAUCUGAAAGCCCUCCACACAACCUACUAUUUCCUCUUGGUCUCCAAAGAAAGGGUCAUGAUCUUCAGGUGCAAACAAUGGAAACCCACUGAGUACCUGAGUGCCCAAGAAUUGAAGUCUUGGUGCUACACAGACACUCAGUCCCAACCACUGCAUCACAGCAAAGUAACAACGCGGGCUUCAGAUGGUGACCCUGCAUGUGUAUGAACAAUGUUCCAAAAAUAAACUAAUAAAAGAUAAGUGGAUUCAUGA